AUGUCGGGCUCGAAUACACGACCGCCAGCCCGUCGAGGGCCCUCGGGCGCUUGGGGCCGUCUUCGCCAACCGCAGAUUGAUCCACUCGAAGUCUAUGGUCUGCCUUCCAAGGGCGAGACGAGACUGGCAGACCCCAAGACGCAAGAGACAUACUUCGAACGAAUAGUCGCCCGCUACAUGAAAUUCUGCGCUUCCCACCCAAGCGGCGAAAGCCUCGAAGCCGCCUUCCACUCCCUCGAUAUCAACUCUAGCUCACCAUCACCCACACCUCCACCCCUCAAUCCAGCAAAACCCCAACCCCUCUCUACAACCUCGGAGCCUCCGCAAGAAAUGUCGACCAUACUCAUGGCCAUGCGCAAACUCCGCGAAGCCCUAGUCUCCGGCCACCGUACCGAUGCUUUUGCCCAACGAGUCUACACCUUCCAGAUCCGCGCUGCGAUACUCUGCCGCCAUCUCGAGACCUAUCAUCCAGCACUGCAACAUCUACUCUACAGAAUCCACCCCAAGACUCCUCUAUCACGACCGGAGUUGCAGGAAUUUGCAAGGUACUUGAUUCUGGAUGCGGCGUGUAGGCAAGGUGAAUUCGUGGAUGCGUAUCGCUUGAGAAGGGUGUAUCGAGUCAGGGAUCGGAAGAUUGAUGCUGUGCUAAAGGCCUUGGUGCAUGAUGACUGGGUUUUGUUCUGGAGGACAAGGAGGGCGGUGGAUGGUUAUCAGAGGUGUCUGAUGAGUUGGGCUGAGGACGGGGUGAGGUUGCAUGCGUUGAAGUGUUUAGGAAGGAGUUACAUGGUGGUGGACAAGAGCUUUGUAGAGAGGAGUGCUGAGAGAGGAUGGGAAGAAAUGGUGGAGAAAGACAAGGUUGGAUGGUUGUUGAGAGAGGAUGGAGGGGUGGUUAUCAGGAAACCAAAGGGUACUUGA